CCCUUUUAGGUGGAUCCAAACGGCUCGCAGAAGCCCCAGGCUUAGGCUCAGCCAUGGCCCUGACGGCGCCACAGCUGGCAGCUCCACGGCCUCUUGCACCGGCACCGGCCGUCAAAGCUGCGGCGUUGCGUGUCUCAGAGGCGGCCGAAAAGACCGCUCCAAAAGCAGGCUGGACGACUGGGUUGGCUGCAGGCGCCUUUGUCGGGGCAUACUGCCGGACGCGCAGGUGGCGAACCUGUGUGAAAGCCACCAAGAUCCUGGAAGCUCCCGCCAAGAAGGCGGAAGCGACUCUCGAGCCACCUGAUGAGCCUGACGAGCACAAUGUGAUCGUUGCACUAGUUGCAGCGGCGUACGUCAUUUGGCAGAUGGACAAGGUCAACAUGUCCAUUGCCAUUCUGCCUAUGGCAGCUGAUUUUUCCUGGGAUUCUUCGGAGCAAGGACUCAUACAGAGUUCGAUUUUCUGGGGCUAUGCCGCCACACAAGUCAUUGGUGGGCUUCUUGCGACAAAGUUCGGGGGCAAGCGGGUGCUGCUCUUCGCGGUGUCCCUGUGGUCAGUGGCCACCAUGCUGGCGCCCCUCGCUGCCUCCUACUCCACGGAGCUCUUCGUGGCCAGCCGCGUGCUGGUGGGCAUUGGGGAGGGCCUGGCUCCGGCGGCCGGGCUGCGGAUGGUGGCCACCUGGGUGCCGGAGGCAGAGAGGAGCCGAGCCAUUUCCACCUUGGGAGCUGGAAAGACAGGGGGCUCCAUUGCGGGGCUGCUGCUGGCGCCCUUCGUGAUCGGCGCCUUCGGGUGGCAGGCGAUGUUCUUCUCCUUCGGCUUCCUGGGGCUCCUGUGGGCCGGCGUGUGGUCCGUCAAGGGCAAGGACCGCGAGGGCAGUGUGGGUGCCGCCAGCGACGACAUCCCCUGGCAGCGGAUCCUCUCCACGCCGCAGCUUUGGGGCAUCGUGGCCGCCCACUUCUGCCACGACUGGGGCGGCUAUGCCCUCCUCACAUGGACCCCCAGCUACCUGAAUAAAGCUUUGGGCUACGACCUCACGGGUAGCAGCGAGCUCACGGUGCUGCCCAGUUUGUGCGCCGUCGGGGUGGCCGCUUUCGCGGGCAUCACUGCGGACAAGCUGCACGAGGACGGCAUGCCGCUGACCACGGUGCGGAAGAUCUUCCAGGGCGUCGGGUUUUUCAUCCCCUGCCUGAUGCUUGGGCUGCUCGCCAGCCUUUCCGAGCCGGGCUCACUGAUGCCAAUCAUUCUUCUGACGGUGGGCAUCGCCGGGGGCUCCUUCUCAUACGCGGGGCUGUACUCGAGCCAUGCCGACCUCAGCGCCAAGUACAGCGGCAUUGUGAACGGCGUGUCCACCACCUUUGGGGCUCUGGCCGGGGUGUGCUCCAACGCCUACGUGGGCUACGCGCUGAAGACCACGGGCUCGUGGACGCAGGCCCUGUUCCUGCCGGCCAUUGGCCUGUACUUGGUGGGCUGGGCGCUCUACACGCUGCUUUACGACGCGACACCCAUCGACUGGGACGCCGAAGAAAGCUGAGCAGAUCUUCAAUGUGAGCGACGGUCUCCGACCAACAAAAAACGGCCACGCAGCGUCAGUUUCCCAGUGUACGGUCUUGGAACAGAAACGUUCGGGUCUAUGCUGCUGAAGGGGGGCUUCCAUGGAAGGAGAAGCAGCUGCCGGCAUGAUGCCAGUUUCUUGAUGUCCACAGCAGUGUUCUUUACCAAUGUUGUUUGGCCUUCUCAGUGUGGAACUGAGGGUGCUGAAGGCUCCCGUGGUG